AGCGGCCAGUUGAUCGCCAGCAGCUCCGUCGAUCGGUCAGUUUCGCCAGCCAGUUUGCGAGGGAAACCAGAGGAAAAUAAUUAAUAUCAACAGCCAGCAGCAUCAGCAUCUCAAACGGUCGACACUCGAGCGAUGUUACGUCGAGGGGCAACGGGCUGUGUGACAGCCCUGAUCUUGGCAAGCCUCUGUCUCGGCUUCUGCCGUGGCUACUUCAGUCUGGAGGUUGCAGUGGGUGACCCCUGUCCGACGCCCAACUACCGCAGUCGCUGCCAAGCGGUGGAGGAUUGUGAGACCCUGUCCUCACAUCUCCAGACGGGCAGACUCACGCUCAAGACCGUGAUGAACUGCGGCUUCACCACCCGCAGCGAGAAGAUCUGCUGUCCCGUCGAGGAUGCCCAAAGUAUGGUGCGCUUGGAGGAGACCACAAGGAGCACCACUUCCACUUCCACUACGUCGACCACUUCUACUACUACUACUACUACCACUACCACUACUACUACACCAGCAACAGCAGGCGAGGAUUGGCUUAGUAUAUUCCAGACGGAUCGCGAGUACGUCCAGCGAUCCAUUGGACCCACCCAUCGGCCGACAAGGGAAAGCUUCCCGCUGAGGGGCACUCCCGAGGGUGCGGAGUGCACGGCUCCGUUGUACGUGGGCCAGUGCCGAGCCGUGUCCCAGUGUCCCAGUGUGGAGCCACUUCUGUCCCAGGGUCGCCUGCGGGACGAGGACUUCACCACGUGCGACGUGGGCACCCACGAGGAGAUCAUCUGCUGUCCCAUCGACCUGCCCCUCCAGCCGCGCGUCCAAAGCGGUCCGCGUCUGGGCGUCCAGGGCGACUCCUCGGAGGCGUCCCGUCCGGAGGAUCCCCGCGAGCUGGCCACAAUUGCUCGGGCGGAUAGCCUGCUGCCCCGCUACCGGCACCUGGCGUCGCUGGCCCACCCCAAUGCCGCCUUCGACGGGCACCUGCAUCACUGUGCCGCCAUUGUGCUGACCCCACGGCUCCUGGUCAGCGCCGCCGGCUGCGAAAGGCCCAGUCACGCCGUCUUCGGGGUGGCUGACAUGCGGGACGUCGACGCCGACGAGGACUACCUGGCUGACAUUGUGCGUCUGGUUCAGUUUCGAAGGGAUCUAUCGCUGAUUCGGCUGCAGGAUCCACUGCGUCUGGGCAGUCAGACCUCCGCCAAUGUGAGCAUAGCUCCCAUUUGCAGCCAGUUCGAGUUGACCCGCCUGCAGGUGAGCGGCAGUUUGGUGGCCGUGGCCUGGGGCAAGGGUGAAGCCACCGACUGUCCGCUGUACGAGAUGCCCAUGCGGUUGCGACCCACCUGGGCCUGCGGGGAUCUGGCCAACUAUGGCGGAGUCCAGGAACUGGGCAGUUCACACAUUUGCCUGGAGCCGGUGGGCGGGGAGAGGGAGCUGGAGCGGUUCUCCAACAGCAGCACCUGCGCCGCCUGUCCCGGAUCGGUGGGCAGUGUGCUCCAUCUGGUGCGACCGGGCGGAAGUCGUUGUGUCCUGGCCAUUGCCACGCCCACUGGCGCCGAGUGUGAAGCGAGAACCAUGUACUACACCGGCUUACUCAGCCCACAGUUUAGAAACUUUGUGGAGCAGGAGCAGAAGGAGUAACUCUCACCCCACAGUAGUUAUCUUGUUUAAGCAAUCUAAUUAAGCCUGUACUUGUAUUUUAGUUGUAGGUAGCAAAAAUAGGGUCUAAGAUGGACGUGAUUUUACAAGCAAGGUCACACUUGUGAAAAUAAGUGAUUCAGUCAGCAAGGUCACACUGUAAACGUAAAAUACCUAAGAUUAAAUCAGUGUACAAUUUUGUAAGCCUCAAAGUAAGCCUCAUAAAUUACUAAAAUAAUAACCUUGAAUAAAUGUAUAUUUAUUAAA